AUGGAUGCAAACGACGAGGCGCUUGCCCUCGAUUUCGAGGCAUCUAAUCGUUACAGACAGCAAGUUCUUGAGUAUACUAGGUAUUGGCUGGGCCUGGACCCCGAGGACUCCCAGGCCGGUGUUUUUGGAAAGCUAUUUUCCUGGCUCCUGCCGGAGAGAGGGUGGCUUCGACGCCAGUUUGGGCUGAGCUACAAGACGGAGCCUCCCAGUCCUGACGAGCCGUGUGCCGUGUUCAAGGAAUUCGGCCAGUUGGUCCAGCGAACGCGCAGCAAAGAAUUCCGGGAACUGUUUCAACGAGAGCUUAAAUUUUACUUUGACCUCUGUGCGGUUGAACAAAGAGAGCGACUUACCGGCGAGACCGCGACCGAUUUCAGAAGUUAUCUAAACAUUCGGUUCGGCACUUCUGCCGUCCGCGUCUACUGUCUCAUUACAGAAGUUGCCCUUGGCACACAACUACCGGUCUGGCUUCAUGACACUCCAGAGAUGCAGGCAUUGUGGAAAGAGGCCAACAUCAAUAUUAUCAUCGGCAACGAUAUUCUAUCGGCAAAGAAGGAACUGGCGGCGGGUUGCGUCCACAACGCUAUUCCAAUCAUGUACCACCAGGGAAAGCCUCUUGACGCUGUCAUUCCCGAGCUUAUGUUGGAGCUCCAGGCAUGCCGGGACCGCUUCGAUGAAGCUGCGAUGGUAGUUGAAAAGCUCGCAGCCAAGUCCGGCGUUAAGGUCCACGGUGACGUUGUCCAGUACAUCGAUGGGCUGCGUACGAUCGCGGCGGGUACCAUAGAAUUCUGCCAACCCGCCAUCAGCGCCUCUAGAUAUGGCAUCCAGCACCCAGGCUGCGACAUCCUCGAGCUAGAGAAAGAGUUGCAUAAUAAGCCAAACCCGACACACUCCGACACUGAACUCAUCAAGAUGGGAAUUCGCAGAGGUCCGCUCCUUGAUGUGGGCAUCUUGGCCACUUCUGACUCUCCGCCAGUGUUCUUCCACCCGCUCGCGGACAGUGAGCAACCGAGGAGUGCCAUUGACGCCCACGAAAAGGAGGCUAUGGGUUGGGGCAUCUGUCACCGGGAUCAUCGCGAACUCCAUUGCGCACUCCAUGCAGCGGGCUGGCUUUCGCGUCAGCUUGGUUUUGUGGUGGCCGACUUCAAGCCUGCAGACCAGCCAGGAUGGAUCGCCAUCGGCUACGAUGGAAAGAAUCGUCGCCUCCCCAGGUACUCGGGGACGAACCUGUACGUCGAGGAGCACCGGUUCCCUCCCGAAGAGCCCACGUCCGAGUGGUGGACGACCACGCGUACUUCGUAA